CAGAGUGGUAACCCAUCCUCAGUGCAGAUUACUCGUCCAGUCGGUUUUGACUAUCACGGGCGGUCAUGCUCAUCUUCAGAGCCUGUGCAGUUUUGUUCAUCGUGUCGUACGUUUGUGGUUCUUUCCACCAAUCGUCAUGGCAAUCGGUUUCUAAUGAUUACUACCAUUUUGAUGUGAGACAUCCCUCCGAAGACUAUGAUUACAAGCCGACCAGGCCUAUGGAUAUUAUGGUGGACUCCAUCAACGAUUUAGGGAUCAAACUUUUAGCAAUUCAUAACGAACACAAUGAGGACAACAUUGCGAUUUCACCGUACGGAGCUGUAAGCGUCUUAGCAGCCCUUAGUGAAGGUCUGGAAGGCGACGCCGCCCAUGAAAUUAUUCACGCCGGCCAUUUUCCAAAAGACAGGCAUAUCGUAAGAGUAGGCCUUCGCGAUAUUCAUCGACAUCUCAAGAGUUAUUUCAUCCCCCAGGAAGGAUUCUUAGCCGGUUUAACUUUAAACCUCAACAACGUAUCGCUGCGAAAGGAUUAUGAAGAAGUUCUUAGGUUUUACGGUUUCGAUUAUGGAUCCUUCAAUAAUGCCCUAUACCCCGAACCUCCCACAACACAAAAAAGCGCUGUACCCAAUAUUCCUUUUCCUCCGGAACUUUCCUCAGCAACUGCAGGCGAAAUAAAUAACGCAACAACAGUAUCUACGACUAUAAUACCCACUACAACUGAACUGGCAAUGGUAGAUACUGAGUCAGCGGUCCAAAAUGAAACUUUAAACCUAACUACGACGACGGUAACAACUAGUCCCCCGGAAGAUCUGACAACCACUACAAUCCCUCCAGAAACGACAGUUCCAUUAAUAAUAACCACAACGUCGGACAGAGAAGAAAUGACGACUCUCAAUUCUGUAUCAAUUCCAACGCAACCACUUACCAAAACGAAUCCCACCACGACGGACAGCGAUGCUUCCACCAUGGCACCCACUACUAAUCCUUUCAUCGCUACUACGACACGGCAAAAGGAAAUGCCAACAGAACUCAGUACUACAACAAAGUUAUCAGAAUCGGUGACCGAGGAAUUAACUACAAGUACAAAGACGGACAUCGGGGGCGUCACAGACGUGAAUAUUCCUGAAACGACAAUCUCCGAAGAAAAUUUAAAUUUAUCAACACUGGUUCCAGAUGCAGAGUCGACAACAACAGAACCCACAAACGUGCCAAUCGUAGGCACGCCACAAACUUUUCAGCAGACUGAAAGUCAGUUUCCAUUCCCUGAGUCAAGUACCACGCCACCUCCACUUUACGACGAGGCGAUCACGCCAUUUUUAUCUGAUACCGCCGCCCCUAACGAAGAUACGACUGUGCUUAAUCCAGAUUUCGAUUAUUCUUAUAAUUAUCAAGACGCAAACAUACCGGUGGACAAUAACGGAACUUUUCCCCAAAAUUAUGACGAACCGUCAAGCAGUGUCGUAAAUAAUAUGAUCUCUAAUCCGGUUCCGGCAAUGAGUGCGAGAUUUAACGAUAAUUUCAAUAAAAGAAAUGCUCGAUCUGUAGAGGAUUACGUAUUGGCCAGAUACUAUGACCGUCAGCAUAAAAAUACUCAGCAACCUCGUCCAGAUCCAAUGACAUUUCUUGUUUACGGAAAGUACAGAGAGACGGGUGUAAAUUACAUGAAAUAUCAGACUCUGCUCCCGUUCUAUUUUUCGCCAAAUCUAAAUUCACUAGCAUUGAGUUUCCCACUCGAUAGCACCAGGUACUAUUUGCUGCUGCUUUUGCCGGUAGACGAAACUGGCAUUGAUCAACUGAUUUGUGAUUUGCGACUACACGGAUCGUUAAAGUAUAUUGUUGAAAAUUUGAAACUGAGCUACGUCACAGCUUCAAUCCCGAGCUUUAUGUUGAAGGGUUAUGUCACAUUGACCCCAACUCUGCAACAGUUGGGCAUUCGAAAGGUUUUUGAGCCAAGACAAGCUGAUUUUAGCCCAAUGACCAACCGAAGUGAUAUUUAUGUAACAAACAUUGAACAAGCUGUUACGGUUACCAUAAGAAACUAUAUGGAUCCUUCAUCAGAAAGCUAUAAAAAUUUAGAUAAGUACGAUCCGGUGUAUUUUAUAGCAGAUCAUCCCUUUUUGUAUUUUGUUUUGGAUUCCGAACUACACGUCACCCUCAUGGCCGGAAAAGUUGUCAAUCCUCUCAAUUCUAGAAUUAGAUGAGUGAUGUAAAAAAAUACAUUUCUACAUAGAUUAAAAUAUAAUAAAAUAUUUUUUAUAAAUCCCUUGUCAAUUUUAAACGCCAUGGUAUAAAAUAACAAAAUAAAAUGGUAAGAAAUAACU